CGGGGAGGCGGCGCCGCGCGGCUCGGCUCGGCUCGGCUCGGCCGUCCGCAGCGCUCACAGGGCACGCUCGGCCCCGCCGCACAGGCCUCGUCCGCCCGCCAGCCCCCGCCGCGGCGCCGUCCGCAGCGAGAGAGGCGCCCGCCGCCCCGCGGAGCUCCAUGUACGACAAUUUGUACCUGCACGGCUUUGAGGACUCGGAGGCGGGCUCAGCAGAUUCGUACACAAGCAGGCCCUCGGAUUCUGAUGUCUCUUUGGAAGAAGACAGGGAAGCAAUCCGCCAAGAGAGAGAACAGCAAGCCGCUAUACAGCUUGAGAGAGCAAAGUCCAAACCAGUAGCAUUUGCUGUUAAGACUAAUGUAAGUUACUGCGGAGCCCUGGAUGAAGAUGUUCCUGUCCCAAGCACUGCUAUCUCUUUUGAUGCCAAGGAUUUUCUACAUAUUAAGGAGAAAUACAAUAACGACUGGUGGAUAGGAAGGCUGGUUAAAGAGGGCUGCGAGAUCGGCUUUAUUCCGAGCCCACUUAGACUGGAGAAUAUCCGCAUUCAGCAGGAGCAGAAGAGAGGACGUUUCCAUGGAGGGAAAUCAAGUGGGAAUUCGUCUUCGAGCCUCGGAGAAAUGGUUUCUGGCACAUUUCGAGCCACACCCACUUCUACUGCAAAGCAGAAACAAAAAGUGACAGAACAUGUUCCCCCAUAUGAUGUAGUACCAUCAAUGAGGCCUGUUGUUUUAGUGGGUCCGUCACUGAAAGGAUAUGAGGUGACAGACAUGAUGCAGAAAGCUCUCUUUGACUUCCUGAAGCACAGGUUUGAUGGGAGGAUAUCAAUAACUAGAGUGACAGCUGACAUUUCUCUUGCUAAGAGGUCUGUUCUAAAUAAUCCAAGCAAGAGGGCAAUAAUUGAACGGUCAAAUACAAGAUCCAGUUUAGCUGAAGUACAGAGCGAAAUCGAAAGAAUCUUUGAGCUGGCCAGGUCCCUACAGCUGGUUGUGCUGGACGCAGACACGAUCAACCACCCUGCACAACUAAUCAAGACAUCUCUAGCACCAAUUAUUGUCCAUGUUAAAGUGUCUUCUCCAAAGGUUUUGCAGCGACUGAUUAAAUCCAGAGGGAAGUCCCAAAGUAAACACCUGAAUGUGCAGUUGGUGGCAGCUGAUAAACUUGCGCAGUGCCCACCAGAGAUGUUUGACGUGAUUCUGGACGAGAACCAGCUGGAGGACGCGUGCGAGCACCUGGCCGAGUACCUGGAGGCGUACUGGCGCGCCACGCACACCACGAGCAGCACGCCCAUGACGCCGCUGCUGGGCCGCAGCCUGGGCUCCGCCGCGCUCUCGCCCUACCCCGCCGCCAUCUCCGGGCUGCAGAGCCAGCGUAUGAGACACAGCAACCAUUCUGCAGAGAACUCGCCCAUCGAACGCCGAAGCCUAAUGACCUCAGAUGAAAAUUACCACAACGAAAGGGCUCGGAAGAGCAGGAACCGCUUGUCUUCCAGUUCCCAGCACAGCCGAGAUCACUAUCCUCUAGUGGAAGAAGAAUACUCUGACUCAUACCAGGACACGUACAAACCCCAUCGGACCCGAGGAUCCCCCGGCGGCUACAGCCACGACUCGCGCCACAGGCUUUGAGGCCCUGGGGAGAAAGCAGCGCGCGGGUUGCUAACUUGCCAUGACGUAGCUAGGAAAAGGCAUCAGCUUCCCGUGGCGGGCAGCGCGGGCGCGCCGACGUCGCGCUCUGCCACCACUGGAUGUCACGUAGGGAGCAAAAAAAGAUUCCGUGCCCUUAUGUUCACACCCGACCCUAUAGGUUGUUUUUUGUUUUUAGUACAUGUGCAUUUAUAGCUGAACCUUUUUCUCAUCAUUAGAUAUUAGACUCAUCGGUUUGUAAUUUUAGGGUACUUAUCAAGACACUUAAAAAAUAAUUUCCUGUGCUGGAAAUUCCAAAUGACCAGUUCCAGUUGGAACCAAUUUAUAAACCAAUUCCUGUUGGAAUUUGGGUGAAUUGACUGGAAAGUCGACUUGAGCAUGUUGCAAUCGAUUCAAAAAAUGCCAAUGAAAAAUCAGAAAAUUAUAGACCACUAGAAGUCAGAAAAUCAGCUACAGUGUUUGUUUGCUGGAAGCUAAAUUUAUACUUCAAGAUAGAAUACAGGCAUUUUUUUCUAACCACGUAUUUCCAGAAUGGCUUUUUCAGACAAACCUAAUGUAAACUGACUGUAGUGCCAAGUGUCAUAAAUUGAUGCAGCAGUUAGAAAAUACUUUCCA